GUUAGGAGUUGUGUAUCAUUCAAGGUGAAUCGGAGGGUUGCUUCGGAAAUACAUAUCUAUCAAUCACCUUUUCCCAAGCUCCAUAAAGUGUUUUAGUUUAUCCCAGUCUCUAGAAGAGGAAAAGCCGGAAGCGGAAGUGCCUUUCAUGACAACGUCCGGAAGAGGGUGCCAUGGCUGUCAGGGAGGAGGUGCUUUCCUUGCAGGCAGAAGUUGCGCAGCGGGAGGAGGAGCUGAGUUCCCUGAAGCAGAGGCUGGCGGCGGCUCUUGUGGCGGAGCAGGAGUCAGAGCGAUUGAUUCCGGUGUCACCCCUGCCGCCGAAGGCUGCCCUGUCCCGCGAUGAGAUUCUGCGCUAUAGCCGGCAGCUCGUACUGCCUGAGCUAGGUGUGCAGGGACAGCUGCGCCUGGCGACCGCGUCCGUGCUGGUCGUGGGCUGCGGGGGGCUCGGCUGUCCACUAGCACAGUACCUGGCGGCAGCCGGCAUCGGCCGCCUGGGCCUCGUGGACUAUGACGUAGUAGAAGUGAGCAACCUGGCCCGCCAAGUGCUUCAUGGCGAGGCACUGGCUGGCCAGGCCAAGGUCUUUUCGGCCGCCGCCUCACUGCGCCGUCUCAAUUCGGCAGUGGAGUGCGUGCCCUACGCCCAGGCGCUUACGCCAGCCACGGCGCUAGAUCUCGUCCGCCGCUAUGACGUGGUGGCUGACUGCUCCGACAACGUGCCUACUCGGUACCUGGUUAACGAUGCAUGUGUGCUAGCCGGCCGGCCUCUGGUGUCGGCCAGCGCUCUGCGCUUCGAGGGCCAAAUCACAGUCUACCAUUAUGGUGGUGGGCCUUGCUAUCGCUGCAUAUUCCCCCAACCGCCUCCAGCGGAGACGGUCACCAACUGCGCGGAUGGCGGGGUGCUUGGUGUGGUGACUGGGGUCCUGGGCUGCCUGCAGGCGUUGGAAGUGUUGAAGAUCGCUGCAGGUCUGGGCCCCUCGUACAGUGGCAGCCUGCUACUCUUCGAUGCCCUCAGAGGACAUUUCCGCUGUAUUCAGCUCCGGAGACGCAGGCCGGACUGUGCAGCUUGCGGGGAGCGGCCCACUGUGACUGAUCUGCAGGACUAUGAAGACUUCUGUGGCUCCUCAGCCACAGAUAAGUGCCGCUCCCUGCAAUUGCUGACCCCAGAGGAGCGAGUUUCUGUCAUCGACUAUAAGCGACUUCUGGAUUCUGGGUCACCCCAUCUGUUGCUGGAUGUCAGGCCUCAAGUGGAAGUGGACAUCUGUCGUUUGCCUCACGCCCUGCACAUCCCUUUGAAAUAUUUGGAACGGAGGGAUGUGGAGAGCCUGAAACUCUUAGGAGAAGCAAUCCAGGUAGGGAAGCAGGGCACCCAGGAAGGGGCCUCUCUUCCCAUUUAUGUGAUUUGCAAACUGGGCAAUGACUCGCAGAAAGCCGUGAAGAUCCUGCAGUCCUUAACAGACUUAAACUCUGUAACAGUUCAGGAUGUUGUGGGGGGCCUCAUGGCCUGGGCUGCCAAAAUCGAUGGAACAUUUCCACAGUACUGAGGUGGCUGGUAGAGUUAGACAUGGGACAGAGUCAGUGAAAGAUUGCCAUGGCUUUUUUGUUUGUUUUGCAUUUUCUUCAGUAAUGUAUGGGAGAGCCUGGGAUUCUGCAGUAUCUGUGAAUACGUGAACUUAUUUCUAUAACGGGCUUUUAAGUUGUAAUUUCUUGAAUGGUGUAGUUAUUAAUGAGUUAUAAUACUGUUCCUGAGAACUGUCCUGUGUUUUCAGCACUUGGAUGGUGUCCUGAAGAGGUGAGAAAUAAUGUCACAGGACUUUGUGUUUUGAACUGCAGAUCAUUUGCCUCUCCUGCUGUAAUGUGUUUUUUUUCUGACCUCUCCCAUGUAAAGGGCUCUUUAAAUUGUCCAUUUAAUUCUUGGAAAGGUGUAGUAAACUUACUGAUGUUACAGAAUCCAAGCUCAUACUGCUCGCUGCAGGACAAGCCAGUAAGUCUAGAGAUGAGUUGUUGGGGCAAGGAAUAAUGACAAUUUGGAAAGCCAGCAGACUGAAAAGUUUCCCAAAGAACUGUCUUACUUGUGUUAGAAUUCAGGCUUCUGUAUUAAAAGGGGAGGGGAUAUGAUUGGUUGUUGCAAAGUUCUUGGUGUCAGGAAUCCUUUGUUCUUUCAGCUGUCCUGUAGGUCAGGUCAGGAUGUUCCUGUAAACCUUCAACAAGACAAACCUUAUUCUCUGUUCUGAGACUUCUUCUCUCUAUAGGAAUGGGAAAAUGUUACACCUUUAUAGGUCAGAGCCUUGAGAAUGGGUUGUCAUGUAUAUUUCAGGCUACUGGCAACAUUCUUAACUGGUAGCAAAAGCAAUAGAAUCCAAAGGUUAAAGUAUCUAAUGUGGAGUCAGAUUUGCUCUUCUCUGGUACACCGAAUUGAUCAUAGGUGGUUAUACUUAAGAUCAGUUUAUUGUUUACUAAGACAUUCUUUGGAUAUUCUUCAGAUGAUAGACUUAUGUCCUAGAGAAAUCAGUGUUUAAAAUGUAUGUUGUUAAAACAUUAAAAUUAUCUGGGAAGUGGUCAUUCUAUUAAACAUUUUGAAUUAAUAUCCAAGUGAGGUAUUUGCAGUCUACCAAGAUAGAAAUCACCUUUGUAGCCUGUCAGUUUCUUUUAUAAAUUGCUGGGUUUUUUUCUUAUUAGCUUCAGAGUCCACCUUACAUUAUACACACAUAAAAAUUUCUAAACUGUACACUGUGGUUUGGCUUGUGUUGGAAUCUUCAAGUCCAAGUCCCAACUUUCUGCCCUCCCCUGUCCUUUUUUCCCUAUCCAGUUUGUUUUUGUUUUUUGUUUUUUGUUUUUUUUUUGGCUUUACUACAGUAAAGCCUACAUUUGGCCAGGAUGCCAAAUGCAAUAUUGAAUUGAAGUGCAAUAGUGAACAUUCUUCUCUCCUUCAUGAUUUCAGGUGAAAAACUUUGAAUAUUUGACCAAUAUUACUUGUUACUGCUUUACUGUAGAUAAAUAUCCUGUAUCAGACUCAAUAAGUUUCUGUUUAUAGUUUGAUAAGAGUUUUCAUUGAAUUCAUCAAAUGCUUUUUCUGCACUUUUAUAUACUCUUAUCUCCUGUUAAUGUUGUGAAUACAUUGUUUUUUUUUUUUUUUUAUUGUGGCAAAAAAACACAUGACAUAAAAUUCACCUUCCCAGUAGUCUCCAUGUAUAUAAUACUGUCAGCUACAUGCACGUGCUGGGCAACAAAUUCCAGAACACCCCAUCCUGCAUGACUGAGACUUUACACCCACCAAACAGCUCCCAACUCUCCCCUUUAAGUUGCUUUUGUUAUUUGGAUUUAAUCUCUUCCAGCAUUUUAUAAUAGUAUAAAAUGUAGAUUUUUAAAUGUUUAUUUUCUUAUUAAACAGCACUUUCAUGAAAUGGUAGUUAUACUGCCCUACUUCCAACAUAUACAACAAAAUUAAAAGCAACAUUUUGGUAUAUGACUAUAUGUUAGUGGCAAAUUGACAAUCCAUGCCAUGUCAAAAGGGGGCCUCUAUUGUCCAGCUGAGUGUUGUAUGCAGCCCCAUAAUCGUCAGAAACCACAGAUGUAAAUGUGGAAUCUUUGUAUGUCUGACUACAGAUUUUUUUUAAAGUUUAAAAGCAUUGUGAGCCAGACAAAACCCUUUGCAGGUCAGAAUCUGUCAUUAGUUUGCAGUCUGAUACUCUCGUUUUAUUAGAAAAGGAUAGUACAGUCAAACUGGGAAUUAGGGUAGUCAUCGCCUUUUGACAACAUUGUAGCUCAUUUCUGAAUAACCGUGCUUAUUGUGUCAUAGGCCUUUCUCUGUUAUAAAGGUGGAACAGGUCCCUUAUGACGGUUUCUCCCAAGGAGAGUUGGAAGUAAGUGACAGACCUGGGGAGGAGAACAAACAUGGCAGGCCUCCGCCUCACUUUUUAUUCCUGGGACAAAAGCUGAUUCUCACACAUACCAACGGACAUAGGAACUAUUUCAUACUGUAAAGGCUGAUGUCCUGAAGUUAGGCGGUUUUUGUAUUCCUACAAACCUGGUUGUCACUGGGACAGGCAACAGAAGCUGACCGUGACUGGUUAAGUGGGAAAAGGGCUUAUUAAGGUGAUAUGAGGUGCUUUUGAGAAUUUGGGGGACAAACUCAAAAGCUAUCCUUCCAAGGAACGAUGCCCCAGACCAUGUACGGAACUGACGUGAGAACGCUGUCUAUGCUCUGCUGCCCCAUCGAGUACUAGAGGAAGCUGCCAGCAUAGCCUCCCCCAUAGCCUCCCCACCCCACUUCUCUCCAGAAAGCCCAGCAGUUCAGCCACAGCUCGGGGCAGAGAGCAGAGUUGCUUUACAUUGGUCUUUUCUGAGUCAGUCUUACGAGGGUGUGUCUAGUAGGUAGACCAUCGCGUGCCUUCAUCCUAGCUACAAGAGUAGCUGGGAAUUUGAGUUAUGAUGUCUACAAGAGGGAGCCAGAACUCAUAAUCUGGGAUUUUUCUCCACUUAGUGGAAGAUUUUUAUUCUUUGAAAUUUUGUUUUCUAUGGCUAGGUUUUUACAGUCAGAUGGGAUUUGAACUUGAUCACUUUUUUCCUUUUCAUUUAACAAACAUCAAGUAUACUAGUUACCAUUCUCAGCUCUGGGAUAAAGAUGAAUAAGAGAUAUCCUACAGCUAUGGAAUUUACACCUAAAUAGGAGUAGACAAGUCAACAAGUAAAUUAGUGAUAAAUGCCACAAAAGAAACGAAACUGAUGUAAUGGGGUGGGGAAGGAGGAGCCAUUUUGGGUAGAUUAAUUAGGAGAAACCUACGGAGCAAAGUUGACAUUAAACCCCAAACCUGAAUGGGGAAAAGAAGCCAAUCAGAUCUGGAAGAACAUCUGAUACUGGAAGAAAAACAGUGGGAAGACCCUAAGACAAACUUGUCAUGCUCAGGAAACUGAAGAGGCAGGUUGGGUUGUGAACCACUGGGGGCAGUAGAACAAGGUGAAGUUUAGGGAGACAGGGAACAUACCAUGUAGGGUGUAGAAUGUAAUAGGAGUUUUUUAUUCUAAGUAAAAUAACAACUAACAAUUGAGCAGUCCUGGUGAUUUGCGAUUCAAACCCAGGUGGUUUGGCUGAAGACCCAUACUGCCCUAAGCAGUACGCUAUGCUGUGUUCUCAGUGAGAGCUUUGUGACUGUGUAUGUUUUCAUUUUUGAAAAGCAGUCUCUGCCCUGAUAACCAUGGAAUGGAAAAGCUUGUAUUUCAGAAGCAAUAGGAACGAACUGAUGCAUUUGGUUUACAGAUCUCUCUCUAGGGAAGGAACCCUAGACCGAAAUCCUUGGGAGCCCUCUGACACCAGUGUGUCAUGUGGGCAAUGUCCAGUUAACCCAGAGUCACUUUGAUUAGGGAAAGUGAGAAAGUCUCAAUGUCAGGGGCCACAGCUCGUAAAUGAAAUGGUGCCAAGGGGAGGGGGGCUAAACAAGGGCAGUGAGUCUCCUGAGAGUGUUCCCAUGGGAGAGGAGGGCUUUUUUUUUCAAGCUUGUUUAUUUUUAAUUAGCUGUUCCCUCGCACAGCAGCAGAGGGUCCCCCCUCAGAGCCUGAGGUCAGGUACAUGGCCCAGUUUGCUCUACCCAGGAGAAGAUUACUUUCAUAGGUUUUAUUUUCUCAGGGUUCCAUAGGUAACAUGAGGUAGCCCUAUCCAGGUAAAAGUAAAAUCUCAUCACUUGAAAUCAUGCAUCUGCCUUAAGAUUCAGGAUAAUUCUGGAGUCGGUUGGGAAUAUUAGGAAAACUAGCAUAGUGCAGGAGUGGGAAGGGUUUUUGGAAAUAAAAUGGUAAAAGGGGUUAAUUCAUGCCUUUGAUUUCUGAAGCACUCAAGAUGUGAGAGAAAAGCUAAUUAAACCAGCCCAGAAUUUGGGUGAUAAAUAAGAUACAUACAGUUUACUGUAAUUUACUAUGAGAUCCUACAUAUUGACACUGAUUCUGGCUUCUAAUCUUUAGUCCAAUUAUUCAGAAUUUAAAAGACAACAAAUUGUGAUUUAUCCAGCUGUUUCGUUCCUGACUUUUAAUGCCAUUUGUUGGACAGGUUGCUGAAGAUAAAGAAAAAGGCUUAUAUCUUAGAAUUUCCCUUCUUGGUGGCACCUUGGUUAAAAAGGUGCCAGAGUAGGGUGACAUUGAUGGAAGAUGUUUUGGGCAUAAUUUUGUUUUUUGUUCUCUUGUUUUAUUUUUUGAUAGGGGGAGAUAAUUAGGUUUAUUUACUUUAAUGGCAGUACUGGGGAUUGAACCCAGGACCCUGUACAUGCAAGAAAUCUACUCUACCACUGAGCUAUAACCUCCCUGAGCAUUUUUAAUUAGUAUUUUCCUUACCCAGUGCUUCCAGAUGAGGGAGUACUGAAACGAAUUGGAAUUUAGCAGACCAAAGUUCAGGUGGGUUGAAGCAGUUGACUCUCAAGUACGAGAAAACCCCCAGGCAAGCCUGCUAUGUGUAAGAGCCAAGAGAAGCAGUGCUCUUACAAUCUUGAUUUAGUCACCCUGGGUAAACUUGAGGUUGUUUACCCGAAAGCUCCCCACUCCCACCUUCCUCCCUGCUGGUAGGGCUGAACGUGGCAGAGUCCUUUCCUAGCCUCCCCUACAGUUUUUGAGGAACCUGUGCUUCUAAACAAUUUCUUCCAUCAAAUACAGUUCAAAUCCAUCUCCUUCUCACUAUCUCCACUGCUGCUCCCCUAAUCAAGCCAUCUCUCCAUCAGAGGUAUGGCUUUUAAGGAACACACACACACCGUCAAUCACACCACUGAGUACCAAAAGUACGACUGCUCUUAAGUCUUGAGAUAGAAGAGGUACCUGUGUACAGCAGGGACCGGACUACCAGCCUCGUGAUAUUUUUGUUAAGUAUAGAUGUCCUUUUGGUAGUCUUGAAAUCUGUGAAGGAAAAUAGGACUUUUAGAUCACGUUUCUCUUACUGAUGUAGUGAACAAUAGUUAUCUAUUUUGCCCAGAGCGGAAAGGGAUUUGCAGACUCAAAAACUCCAGGGGCUAAGCAAAUGAGAAAUGAGUAAAGGUGCUCGCUAGAAUUGUGAUGAAGUGGGAGUACCUGGCUCACUGAAAUCUACUGCACAGCUGGCUCGCUUUGUCAGGCAGGAAUGUGGGUACAGUGUUGACAGACCUAUCAGUGUUUUAAGAAAAUAGGAACAUUUGAAGUUUUCUCUGAAAUCUCCUAAUUUUCAAUGUCAAAAAAAAUUUUUUAAUUCUGAAACUGUUUACCAGUUGAAAUAAACCCACAGGAGGCUGGAUAAAGUCUUUAGGCUUAAACAGGAAAAACCAAACAAAAGAACCCAAAACACGUGGUUUGAGUUAUUAUCUUUGCACUUCAAAAUUACAUAAAAAUAAAAAGUUU